AUGAGUGAAUUUGAACAAACCGUUCACAAGGCAACCAAUUCAAAAAUUACUGCACCAAAGAGAAAACAUGUUAGAGCAAUUGUAUUGACAUGUUAUGCUGAUAAUAGUGCAAGACCAUUUUUCAAUGAAAUAUACAAGAGACCAUUAGACACUAAUGAUGUAGUCUGUUAUAAAGCUUUAACAACUAUUCACAAGGUGGUUCAAGAAGGUCCAAAAAAUGUAUUAGCAGAUACUAGUAAAAAGAUUAAUUGGUUUGAAAGUUUGAGAGCACAUUGGAGUAGAUAUCCCGAUACAAAGGGAUUCGGUCACUUGAUUGCCGAGUAUUGUACAUUUUUCGUUGACAAGAUCCGAUUCCACAUUGCACAUCCAGAGUUUGAUGGAGGCCUUUCCAUUGAAAACUUUCAAAAGAAUAACAAGUUUGAAGAUGUCGAGAUUGAUCGCAGUAUCCAAACUGUCAGUCAUUUGAUGGACUUGCUCGACGCAGUAUUUAGAAUGCAAAAUGCCGUCGUCGACGCUGCCCCAUACAAUGACUGCAAAACUUCCUCUUUUAUCCCCCUCGUCCUAGAGUCUUACGCAAUCUAUUUAUUAGUAGUUCAAUUUUUAACUGCUCUUGUUGAUAAGGUAGAUACAAUGGAAGUGAUUGAAUUUGCAAUUCAAAGAUUUUAUACGCAAUAUCAGACAUUGAGAAACUUUUAUCUCAAUGCCAACGCAAUCAAUAGUGUGUCGAGUGUGAUUGCUGUUCCCAACUUGCCACCCGAUCCCCCUAAAUUCAUUCGUAAGCGUCGUGAGGCACCCAAGCAACGUCCACCUCCCAAGGAGUUGUCGCCACCACCUGUGCGCCAGGAGCUGCCCCCUCCAGUACCCGAGGUGACACAGAUCCCCGUGCCCGUGCCAACACCCGUGUUUAUCCGUCAGACUGUGCCAGUCUAUGCCAACCCAUUCAUGCAACAACAACAGGACAAUAGUAUGUGGGGAGGCCAGUUUGGUGGAGGCGGCCCACAAAUGCAAUAUCAACAACAACCUCAACAACAAAUGAUACAUACACCUCCACAACCAAUGCAAAUGCCUCAACAACCACCUCCACAACAACAAUUCGAUCAUAACAAACAAUCACAAUGGGUUACAUUCAACAAUGAAGAAGAGACUAAUAAUCGAUCACGUUCACAGAGCCAACAAGCUCCUUUGGAGAAAAAGGAGGCUCAGUUGGUGCAGAGCAGUGGGUCGCCGACAUCGUCGCUUCCAUCGACUGCAUUGUCUGGAGGUAGUUCGUCGGCUGAAAAGACGCGAGUCAUCACCAAGGUCAUUACCAAGACGGUCAGCAAUACGGCCGAGUUGAAUGCUUUGCGUGCACGUGUCGAAGAGCUCGAGAAGUUGUUGGCAGAGGAACAAGACAAGAACAAAGCAUUGCAACUCAGAUUGUCAGAGCGUGAGGCAAUGAUCCAAGAGGUGACUGUUGCCCGCAAGCGUCUCGCCGAGAUGACAGACUCCAACAACACUUACACUUCAGAGGUGGUCAAGCAAAACGAGCAGUUGCGUGAACAGUACAUGGCAUUACGUGACUAUUACGAGAAGCAACGUUUGACACGUCUCGAAGCUGACUUUACCAAUGUUCAAAAGUCGCUCAACGCAUACAUCUCGUCGCUUGACAACCCCAACAACCUUGGCAACCCCGAUGCUACCCACCAACUCGUCAUUGAAGAUUUGGCACACCACAUGUCACAGGCACAAAGCUUGUUGAACUUGUGUAGCAAGGAAGGUGAUAUUCCAGAGAUGGAUAUUUUCGGCGCAGUCAACUUGGUGAGUGACUCGCUCAAGAACCUCUUUUCCGAUGCCAAGGGUGCAUCGCGUUUGAUUCUCGACCAGGGAUUGCAGAGUCGUUUCCUCGACGCUGCACGUCGUAUUGGUGGAUUGACACAAAACUUGUUUGAGAGUGUUCGUUUGCAGGGUGGUCAAUGUCAAGAUGAGGAGGACCGCAAGCGUAUGGCUGCUGGCGUGUCAUCCCUUCAAAAGGGUGUAGGAGAGUUGGAGAAUCUUGCUAGAACUGCCGAGAAUGCUCAAGCAGCCGACGAGAAGAAGCUCGAGGACCAAGGAUUCGAUCUCGACGACUUGGCUGAACGCGAGCUUAUGGCCGCUGCCAAGGCCAUCGAAGAUGCCGCCAACUCGUUGCUUGCCGCCAAGGCCAAGCGUCCACCUAAAAAAGAGGGAGAAAUGCCAGAUGUGCAAGAGGCAAUUCUCGAGGCUGCCAUGGCCAUCACAUCGGCCACAUCGACUUUGGUCGGUGCUGCCACGCUCGCACAAAGAGAGCGUGUUGAAAAGGGUCGUGCUGGAGGACCAAAUGGCCCACUCUACCGUCGUGACCCUACAUGGGCUGAAGGUCUCAUUUCAGCUGCCAAAGCUGUCGCUGCCACCACACGUGCAUUGGUCGAUACUGCCAACAAGGCUGCCAGCGGACAAGAAAUCCCAGGUGGUACCGAGGAAGCACUCAUUGCCACCUCCAAGGCUGUCACUGCUGCCACCUCUCAACUCGUCGCUGCCUGCAAGUCCAAGAGUGACAUCAACUCACCAUCCCAACACAAAUUGUCCAAUGCUGCCAAAAGCGUCCAACAUGCCACCAACCUUUUGGUCGCUGCUGCCAAGGCUGUUGCUGCCAAUGUCGCCGCCGAAGAAGAAAUUGACUUUAGUGGUCUCACCAUCACUGGUUUCAAGGUCAAAGAAAUGGAACAACAAAUGGCUAUCCUUCGUCUCGAAAAAGAAUUGGAAUAUGCUAGAAAGGGUCUAAGUGGUAUGAGAAAACAACAAUAUCAAGAUUCUGCUCCCUCAAUUUAA